UCUUGUUCUCUGGUUUAUUUUAUACCUCCUUGUUCCCACUCCCCUUGGUGGUUUUGGUGUUUUUUUGUUUUUGUUUUGGGGUUGUGGUUUUGUUUUUUUUUCUGGAAUGGAAGAGUGGCUACAUAUUCUGUGGUCUUUCGAAGUUAUAUAUCUUGGCUUUUAAUUCAGCAGGGGUCUCAUAUUGAUGAUUUUUUAGAUGGAAUUUAAUAUUUUGAGUUGCCUUUUUGACCAACAAGAAGGGGGCUUUAUUUCAGAAGUUUGAGUAGUUUGGUUGGAUGGUCUGGGAAAGAGGUCUCUGAAACCCCAACCUGACUCCUGAGAAGCAGAGAAGUUUAGGGCAUCUCCCCUGGGUGUCAGGAGGAGAGUUUAGGCUUGCCUACGUAGCAGUAAGAGAGUAUACUGUUUAGAUCUCCCUCUUUGCCAGCUGCCCCUUCAUUUCAAUUUAGGGCUUCUAGGCCUUUCCUGGGCAUGGUUCCCAGAAAGUUCCUCUGCUGCUGCUACCCUGAUCAGGUUUCUGGAUCUGUUAAUAAUAGACAACAGUGGGGGAAGGGCCAGGAUCAUUAUGGAAAUAGGAGCAACUAAACCAGAUGGACAGUUCUAUGCACAGGACCCUGUCUGUCUGCUCCUGUCCUGUGUCUGAGGAGCAUUCUGCAGUGAACAUGUCUUCUAAGCCAUUCUUUGGAGCCACAUUAACCUUGUGAAGGUCUCCAAGUGCCUUUCCCCAAAAUCAGAACACAUGAUGUGGGGUGCUUAUGAGAACACUGAAACAGAAUGUUUGAGAUUCGAACUCUACCAGAAAACCCUGGAGGGGUGAUAAUACCCCUCACAGAACACCCAGAAGGGAAGGAGGUUGGGCCGCAAUUAGGUGAGGCAAAUAGUGACUCAGAGAGGCAAACUCUAUGUAAUCCUGGAAUCCAGAAGGGGAGUGGGGAAGGUGAAGGGGAAGUAUGGAAAAAUAAGGACAUGAUGAUGUUGGAGAAGUGGAAAUGGGAGAGUAAGACGAGCAUGUGACACAGGACCACUAUUAAGUAAAAUAUGAAAUCAACACAGUUUAAAUCUUGAUGCCUCCUAAUCUUCCUGUUCUCCAUGAAUGGACUUCCGUCUUCUGCCUGUGCUCCCUGCAUACUCCUUUUCCUUUACCAAAACCUGCUCGUAGUACAGUAAACUCAACUUAGGUCACGACUCCUCCCUCCUCCCAAAAGUAACCACUAUCCUGACAUUUAUGGUAAUCACUCAGGAUUUUAUUUUAAUGGGACUAACGAUGUAGCUAUAAAUAAUCACUGAUGGUAGACUAUUAGGCAGUUGAGGGAUGUCUGGGGGAGCCACAAGAGGCAGCUGGAUCUCAGCACACUCAAAAAUCACACCACUUCGUACAGUUAGUUCCCUCUGUGCCUAUGAUUAAGACACACCUCACCAGAAGACGAUCCCACAGAACUCCAAGUACAGUGCUGUGCCCUAUGCCCUCAGCUCCAUACUGUCAUCCACUGAUCCAGAAAGAACCAUACCCCACAGUCUUCCCAAGGCAGAGCAAAAGUAGGUCCCAGCUCACAGUACUUGGGCGAGUGUAAGGGACUGACGGUCUCUGCUGCUGACAUGUGAGUCUAGGACAUUGCCUAAACUUCCCUGGGCCUUAGUUUCUCACUGUGAAGUAUGGGGCCAUGAUAAAGCCCUUUACAAUCCCCUAUUCCUCACCUAACUUGGUGCCCUUUCCUCAAUCUUGGUUUCUGUUUCCGCUGCCUAUUUAUACACGCUGUAAGAAGCUCAUUACCUUCCUUUCCCAGUUGGGUGUCUUUCCAGCCUUGUGCUCCUCUUUUUGCCCUUGAUCCUCAGACACCAUGAUUCUGCUUCAUUUCUACAUGUACCAUUAUAAAAACACAUAUACGUCCUUGCAUAUUAGAGGUGCUGAACAAGUGGUUGUAGAAUGAAUGAAUAUAUGAACCAAAUUGUUUUCUACAUUCACGUAUGCAUUCCUUCAAUAUUUAUCAAGUACCUAAUAUAUACGUAGAUACCAACCUAUCCCUCUACACAAAUCAUUCCUCUCCUCCUUUUCUCAUCUUCCCCCUUUCCCAUUCUAUCUUUUUUCCUUUCCCUGAGCCAUAGAGUUAGACUGAGUGCCCGGCAAGGCAGGAUGCAGAGACACUUCUGCCAGUGGAAACAGACACCAUGGAAAGGAGCCAGAUGAAAUAAGGGCAAAGACAGCUGUACAACACACAGAGAGAAACCAACCAGAAUGAAAAGCAGUGAUUCAUGGAGCACUGCAACUCGGAUACUCCUUGGCUUUCACUCUGAGAGCUACUGCAGGACUGAGGUCAGUGAGCGCUGGCAUCAAGAUGAAGGACAGACAGGCUCCUCCUCCCUGGAGAUGUGAUGCCCGUCAAUCCCUCCCCUUAAUCCUCUUCUGCGCACCCCACCCCCACUACUCCCUCACACUGACCAGUGUCCUGGGCCUUUAAGAGUUGGAUGGGCUGGACUGAGGAGAGCGCUCACACCUCUCUCCACCCUACUCUUUCUAUCUGACUGUAAGUCUGCCAGUGACAGCAGCAAACUGCAGCAGAAGAGGGGAGGAAGCCAGUGAGUGCAAGAGAAGCAAAGGAGAAAAGGAGCCCUCCUGGGUUUCCUCGGCCCACAGCAGAGAGCGUCGCAGAUAUCAGACACAGGACUUCUCUCCUGCCCACGGUGACUCUGGCAUCAGCUGGUGAAGCAGUGGGUGAUGGCAUCCCUGCUGCAAGGCCGUGAGUACCCCUGCAGGAGAAGAGGGCUUGGGGAGACAGCCCAGGGACAGGGAGGAGGCUGGACCCCUGUUCAAGAGCUCCUCCUGGGCCCUCCACCCUCCCCGCCAGCUACCCAGUCCCUGCUUCUCCUGGCUCAGGGCUGCCUGUUAAUCAAGACCUGCUGCUGAUGCAGAAAGGCACGCUGAUGCGCAAGUCUCAAUAUCCGACGUGGACACAGUGCGUGAGGGCCACGAGUCUGAGUUGCUGCGAAACCUGGCAGAGGAGUUCCCCCUGGAGCAGGGCUUCACCAUCGUCUUCCAUGGCCGCCGCUCCAACUUGGACCUGGUGGCCAACAGUGUCGAGGAGGCCCAGAUCUGGAUGCAGGGGCUCCAGCUGUUGGUGGACUUUGUCACCAGCAUGGACCAACAGGAGCGGCUGGACCAAUGGCUGAGUGAUUGGUUCCAGCACGGAGACAAAAACCAGGAUGGUCGGAUGAGUUUCGGAGAAGUCCAGCGGUUACUGCACCUGAUGAAUGUGGAAAUGGACCAAGACCAUGCCUUCCAGCUUUUCCAGAGAGCAGAUGCAUCCCAGUCUGGGACUCUGGAGGGAGAAGAAUUUGUAGAGUUUUAUAAGUCAUUGACUCAGCGUCCUGAGGUGCAGGAACUGUUUGAAAAGUUUUCAUCUGAUGGGCAGAAGCUGACACUGCUGGAAUUUGUGGAUUUUCUCCAAGAGGAGCAGAAAGAAGGAGAACGGGCUUCUGACCUUGCUCUAGAACUCAUCGACUGCUAUGAGCCUUCAGAUAGCGGCAAACUGCGGCAUGUGCUGAGCAUGGAUGGCUUCCUCAGCUACCUCUACUCAAAGGACGGAGACAUCUUCAAUCCGACCUGCCUCCCCAUCUACCAGGAUAUGACUCAGCCCCUGAACCAGUACUACAUCAGCAGUUCCCACAACACCUACCUAGUGGGAGACCAGCUUUGUGGCCAGAGCAGCGUGGAGGGAUACAUACGGGCCCUGAAGCGAGGAUGCCGCUGCGUGGAGGUGGAUAUAUGGGAUGGACCUAGCGGGGAACCUAUUGUUUACCACGGACACACACUGACCUCUCGCAUCCCGUUCAAAGAUGUUGUGGCCGCCAUUGGACAGUAUGCCUUCCAGACAUCAGACUAUCCAGUCAUCUUGUCCCUGGAGAACCACUGCAGCUGGGAACAGCAGGAGAUCAUAGCACGCCAUCUGACAGAGAUCCUGGGAAAUCAGCUACUGAGCACCACCUUGGAUGGGCAGCUUCCCACUCAGCUGCCCUCCCCUGAGGAAUCUUCAUGUGUCAAAUGUGAGGAGCUUCGGAGGAAGAUCCUUGUGAAGGGAAAGAAGUUAAAAACGCUUGAGGAGGAUCUUGAGGAAGAGGAGGAGGAGCCAGAGUCUGAACUGGAGGAGGCUGAGCUGCAGCUGGAGGCCCAGAUGGAGUCUGAGCCCCAGGAGUUGAGCCCUCGCAGUAAGGACAAAAAGAAGAAAUCCAAGCCCAUCUUAUGUCCAUCCCUCUCUGCCCUGGUCGUCUACUUGAAGGCUGUCACAUUCUACAGCUUCACUCAUUCGAGGGAGCACUACCGCUUCUAUGAAACAUCAUCUUUCUCUGAAGCCAAGGCCAAGAGCCUCAUCAAGGAGGCUGGCAAUGAGUUUGUGCUGCACAAUACCUGGCAGUUAAGCCGUGUAUAUCCCAGUGGCCUGAGGACAGAUUCAUCCAACUACAACCCCCAGGAGUUCUGGAAUGCAGGCUGCCAGAUGGUGGCUCUGAAUAUGCAGACUGCGGGGCUUGAGAUGGACCUGUGUGAUGGGCUCUUCCGUCAGAAUGCUGGCUCCGGCUACGUGCUGAAGCCAGACUUCCUGCGUGACGCCCAGAGUUCCUUCCACCCUGAGAGGCCCAUCAGUCCGUUCAAAGCCCAGACCCUCCUAAUCCAGGUAAUCAGUGGGCAGCAACUCCCCAAAGUGGACAAGACCAAAGAGGAGUCCAUUGUGGAUCCACUGGUAAGAGUGGAGAUCUUUGGCGUCCGCCAAGACACAACCCGGCAAGAGACCAGCUACGUGGAGAACAACGGUUUUAAUCCAUACUGGGGGCAGACACUGUGCUUCCGGGUCCUGGUACCUGAACUGGCCCUGCUGCGUUUUGUGGUAAAAGACUAUGACUGGAAAUCCCGAAACGAUUUCAUUGGUCAGUACACCCUGCCUUGGAACUGCAUGCAACAAGGUGAGCCAGUCCUCCCACCCCUGGCCCGCACCCCAGCUCUGGGCUGCCUUCCUAAUACCGUCCCCCGCCGCCCUUUCCAGGUUACCGCCAUAUACACUUGCUCUCCAAGGAUGGCAUCAGCCUCCACCCAGCCUCCAUCUUCGUGCACAUCUGCACCCGGGAAGGGCUAGAGGGGGUUGAAUCUUAAGGUGGGUACUUCACGGGAAGAGUGGGUACAUCGGCUUUAGACGGUAAGAAAAGCCUGGAAGGAUGCUCCAGAAAGCAAACAGAGGUGGUGAAAACCAAGCUUUGGACUGUGCAUUCCUAGGCACAAAAUUACUUCAUCCUUCCUGACAAGCAAAUCUAGGACCUGAUUUUUCACUUUCUUUCUUUUCCCUUUCUUCGUUUUCACCAGCCUUUGGUAUCGUUCCUGUCCUUACCCUCUGCACACUCUACACUGGAAUUCCUUCCUUCCUUCCUCUUGCUAUAGGUUCAAUACCAUACCCAGAUCUAGGACUACACUUUCACACCAACUCUGGCUCAAAGGCAGACUGCAACUAGAAAUCCAGAGAAGGGCUUGGGGCAGACAAACCCUCAGAGGCACUAUCUCCUCCACCUCUAACUUCCUCAAAGUCCAGAGCCAAGGGAAGGACAAAUCAAGCCCCAAGGCUCCCCAGGCAAAGGCUGGGGAAGGAGAUCUGACCCCAAGACUGUAUUACGACUGUCAAGAGAACACUACACAGCCCUCAGAGUCUCCACUGGACUGCUGCUCCCUAGCCCCUCUGGUAUAAAUAGAGCUUCUCUCUC